AUGGAAAGAGUGUUUUCAAUUGCAGAAAUUACUGAACAAUAUUGGUUAACAUCUAAGGCUUGUAAAGAAGGAGAAUCAAAGAUGAAUAGAAGUGAUUCUGAAUGGGCUUUUCAACAGUUUCUUCAACAACAACAUGAAGAAGAAGCUGCUAAUACUUCUCAUGCAAAGCCUUGUUCUUCUUCUUCAACUUCAACUUCUUCUUCCAACGUUGAUCUCAAACUCAAUAAUAAUAAUAUCAAUGAUUCAGAAGAUUACUAUGCUAUCCUCAAAACCAAGCUUGAUCUUGCCUGCGCCGCAGUCGCCAUGUCUAGGGGAUCUUUGGUGAAAUCUCAGGAACCUGACAAUGGAUCACAUGCACCUUAUGCUUCUGAACAUGGACCUAUUCCUGCUUUAAAAGGUUUGGAGAAUAAAGAUGUCAUGAAAGUUGUGCAGAAGAAGCCUGUUGUUUCAAUCAGGUCAACAACAAGUUCUUCAUCAGAUGAUGAAGAAGCUGAGGGAGAGAUUAAUAUGAACGGAGACAUGAAUCCUUCAGAUGCUAAAAGAGUAAGAAGGAUGCUCUCUAAUAGGGAGUCUGCUAGACGUUCGAGACGAAGAAAACAAGCUCAUUUAUCCGAGCUCGAAACACAGGUCUCUCAAUUAAGAGAUGAAAAAUCUUCAUUGUUAAAGAAUUUAACAGAUGUGACUCAAAAAUACAAUAAUUCUGCUGUUGACAACAGAAUAUUAAAAGCUGAUGUUGAAACAUUAAGAGCAAAGGUGAAGAUGGCUGAAGAGACGGUUAAAAGAUUUACCGGAUUGACUCCAAUGAUGUUUAAUGAAAUAUCGGAAAUAUCAUCAAUGGGAAUGGGAAUGUCAUUAUUUGAUGGAAGCCCUUCUGAGUCAUCAGCUGAUGCAUCUGUGCCAGAAGCUGAAAGUAUGCAGAAAAACACUGCAGCAGGGAACAAGAUAGGAAGAACAAACUCCUUGCCGCGAGUGGCUAGCUUGGAACAUCUGCAGAAUCGGAUUCGCGGUGGCGCUGAUGAAGAGAAGUGA